AUGCGAUUCCCUUCAUUCUCUGCUAUCAAGUCCCUCCCCACCGAUGCGGACUAUAAUGCUCUCUUGAAGAACGGUUUCCAUGGCUCGUCCAGCAUGCCUGACUGCGCCAAUGCUGUUACCUCGGCACUUGGUCUGAUGUUCUUUGACCCCCAAGGAAAGCUCUCGACCGUUACCAUCUCAAAGAAAGUCAUCCUCGACAAUGGAAUGUCGGCCGGCACUUUCGCCUCCCUUCGAGACGACCUUGCCCAAGCAAUUCCAGUGACCAUUGACCCCAACGAACUCCCCAAACGGGUAAUCGGGGUGGGCAACAAUGGCCGCGCCGUCUCGUGCUGCGUCCCUCUUUUGAAGGACACCCAGUACCACCCAAGCAACGCCAAGAACGCUGACGACGCAGACCUGAAGACAUCGACUUCACCGUCGAAUCGCCAACCUUCUGUGCGGUCUCGGUUUUCUGCCCUCUUGUUCCAGUACAUUUCAAGCUUCAACAGCAAGGUCGAUGCGCUCUCACAAGCCCACGCCGAUGUCGACGCCGAGCCAAGUGUUCCUACCGGUACUGUCCGACCAAUUGAUCACGCUAGCAUCAUCAAGGAGGCCAUUUUGGCAUCAAAAACCACGACCACCAACGACCCUGCGUCCGAAGCUCAAGAACGAGUCCUACUGUCCUGGCACAUACUCUUUGGCCAUUUCGUCACCCACCCGGAUGGGAGUGUCGAAUACGUUCUGGCUGAUUGUCGUUCGACCGCUUGGAAGACCAUCUUGAAGGCAAAACCGCAACUUGCCCUUCGUUUCUUCCACGAAGCCUUCGAGCAAUCCAUUAAAGGGCUCCAACCUACCCGCAAUGCUUACCAUGCUCUUUUCGACUGGGAUGUCCAUCGCGUCCAGGCAGCUGGGAUGGCGGCGAUCCAGGGAGCCAGCUUUACCACCAGAUCUCUGGUAAUGAACCAAUUCGAUGCACUGUCCUGCUUUAGUCUCCUCCAGUUCCUAUUUUCCGACAGGACCGACAAGGACUUGGCUUCGCAUAUUAACGAGGAUGAAGAAGGCUGCAUGCAAGAAGACAUGGGUGAGCAUGUCACAAAAAGGGCCUCCAAGAAGACCAAAUUGUACUCCAAGGGUCGCUGCGCCUCCGUUGCCGACAUCAAGAGCACCAUCUCCAACGUAGCACAACUUGCUGCCUUCGCAACCGACAAUUUCUCCAUGUCCAACAACACACCCUUUAUUCUGGAAUUGUUCGACACGGUCAUGGUUGCUUUGUCCCUGCCUGACGCCGUUCAGUGGCAGCAUGUGAUCGACCUCACGGAUGUCGCUGUCCACAUCCUCCAUGACCUUCAAACCGCCUUCCAGGUCAUUGCCUCCGAGGCCAAGGACUUCACUCUCCACGCUGAGGCACGACCACUGGGCACCAUUCAACGUGCAGAGCUAUUCUCUGGAGCCAGAGCCCAAACGCAGCUAUUGCUGGACAAGAUCGACGAAGGACUACAAAAUUGUCGCCGCCCCAACUACCCCAGGACAUCCGCCCUGAGUGCCCUGAUUUCUUCCACCAAGGCCCCCGACGCUUCGCCUUCCGGCAAGCAAUCCUCCGAGUCACUAACCUCCAAGCAAGACACGGUCACUUCACCUGCAAAAAAGCCAAAGCCUAGCAGUGAGGAAAGCAGCACUAGGGGUAUGCUGAUCUGCACUUCCACCGGUCGGCGAUGCCCGACCAAAAAAGGAAGGUCAACGGGAGGGUGUACCAAUCUCGUCCUGCUGGCGAGCAGGAGUCCUCCAAGGCCUGGGUCCAAUCGACUCCAAACGUCAAAUGGGCUCCUAGGCAAGAACUACGCACUGUUCAUUUCCUUCUCUCUCAUGGUUGAUUGUUGUUACCCCCACCAAGUGGCGGCCGCAUCAGUAAGCACUCUUACCCGCCAGGUCAACUACUAUUCGUCUUGUUCCGCACCAACGUCACAUAGCGUUGAUCCACAGGACGAGUGUGCUCUCCAGGACUAUGCCCCAACUCGGACGGUUUUCGACGAGCUUGACCCUGCGGACAUGCUUGUUGCGGAACGAUUCCGCCAUAUUCUGGAACAGGGCGCACGGGUAACACCUACCUUUACUCGGUCGGAACAAUCCCAAUUUCUUCGAGAUCUCCAAAGUAGAACUGCCCUCGCUGUGGAGUCACCAUACGGUAAGGACAGUAAGGACAGUAAUGACCGAUGUUUCAAGACGGAAAGUACAUUUCGCCAUACCUUUGUUUUUCUUUACAAGAGCGGCUACUUGGACACAACGACCGGCGAUCGCUUGGGCAAGGCCUUCUCCGGAGCUUUACUUCUUUGUCUGUUACUCAAGGGCCACGAGUUUGUCGACUUUCGGCCACUUCGUUCCGUCCUUCCUUCUGAUACACCAAUGGGCCAAGUCAUGCACUGUUGGAGCCGGAUGUUCACCGCCUGUUUGCUACAUUACAACUUGGACGUCGCUACUGCCGUUCGCUAUGUUGGGAAUAUACAUACAGGGGCCCAUUGUGAUUGGAACGCUUUGGAACCAGAGCUACGUGCAGCAUCAGUCGAUGACGGUCUUGUUGCAGAUUUACGGCGCGUGCUCGUUGACGGUUGUCCAAAUUAUGUCAAUGCUACGUCGUCCGAGAGGAAUCGGCGAUCCUUCGCCAAAUAUGGAAAUCACGACUUGGUUUAUACCAAUGUCAAAAAAACACAGAAAGCAGUCCAGAAGGAUUUCUCCCGAUCCCACAGCCUUGUUGGCAAUCCUCUGUUGACAUCUUUCCUACCGGAUACACAGCAGAUACCAAAAGGCCUCGGGGUUGUCCCAGGAAAGAGUGAUCGUCAAAUCUGUGAUGGCACUUUUCGCCCUUUGCUCGAGUCUAUCGCUCCCAACGAUAUGACAACCAAAGAUACGGAGCACAAGGUCGAAUUUCCAAAAUCACUUUGGAACCAUCUGGCAUACAUCUACAAUGCUCGGAUCAGCUACAAAUCGGAGGAACUUUACCUUGGUGACGACGACGUCUUGGGCGCCUUUCGCCACGGGAAGUGGAAUCCAAAUGUGAUUGGCAUGCAUACGUUCUCCAUUUUUGGUUUCCUGUUUUUUGCACUGGUUUGA